AUGGAUCCGAAUGUGCAGUGGACGAAGACGAAGGAUGGUGAAACAACCAAUCAUCCAUUCAAGGAACUGCUAGGUUGUUUGCAGUAUCUGGCUCUUUCAACGAGGCCGGACAUUUGUGCCGCGGUCAGCGCAUUCAGCAAGUUUCAAGCGACGCCUUCCGAUGCGCAUUGGGCGGGACUAAAGCGGAUUUUACGAUAUCUGCGUGGUACGACGGAGACAAAGCUGGUCUACACCAAGGGGCUAGAGAACCCUGCUUUAGUGGGAUAUGCCGAUGCCGACUUCGCAAACGAUGUCGAUGACAGAAAGUCUCUUUCUGGUCAUGCCUUCAAGGUAUUUGGUAAUCUGGUUUCGUGGUCAACGAAACGUCAACUGACGGUCAGUCUGUCAUCUACAGAAGCUGAACUUGUUUCACUCUGUAUGACAACCAAGGAAGGAAUGUGGUUAACAAACCUCCUUGGCGAGCUAGGUGUGGGUAACACCGAUUCUUUUCUAAUCAUGGAAGACAACAUCCCUUGUAUUCAAUUCACAGAAGAACCUAGGAGUCAUCAACGGAUGAAACAUUUGGACCUGAAAUACAUGUUCAUUCGAGAGCUGGUUAAGCUUCGGAAGGUCCACAUCAAACACAUCCGUUCGGAGGACCAACCUGCCGAUGCAUUCACCAAGGGGCUUCCCAAGGCACAGUAUCGAAAGCUGUUCGAGUUAUUGAACGUGCGAAUUGAGGGGAGGUGUUGA